AUGUCCGUGACGCGGCUGAACAUGCUCGUGCGCGUGCGCCUGUGGGCCCCUGUGCCGCUCGUGCUGGUGCUCGUGCUGGUGCUCGUGCUGGUGCUGCGUGUGGCCCCUGUGGCCCCCGCGGCGGUGGGAAGCCUCCCGGUGCAGGACUACGCGGCGGACGAGGCGGAGCGGCAGAGCCCAGACCUGGUCUUUGAUGACUAUCGCGGCAAAGGCUGCGUGGACGACAGCGGCUUCGUCUACAAACUGGGAGAGCGCUUCUUCCCGGGCCACUCGAACUGUCCAUGCGCAUGCACGGAGGACGGGCCUGUCUGCGACCAGCCCGAGUGCCCCAAACUGCACCCCAAGUGCACCAAAGUGGAGCACAAUGGCUGCUGCCCCGAGUGCAAAGAGGUGAAAAACUUUUGCGAGUAUCGAGGGAAAACUUACAAGAUUCUGGAAGAAUUUAAGGUGCGUGAGAAGAUUUAUGAUGGUUUGUCCGAGAUUGAAAAAGACCACGGCCAUUUCGAGAUUAGAGGAACAGGAGAGAAGGAAACCGUUAAAUCUUUGAUAGAAUAG